UAUUCAAUUUCAAUGAUAGAAAGUAGAGAUGGUAUCACCUCUUUGCUCCACCACUUCCAGACCCUCUUUCUCGUUGUCCUCGGUGGUGCGAUCCUCUACACUACGGCGUAGGUUUCCAAUCGUAGGCGCAAUUUGUGUUCUCACUUUUGGCAUCUCCAGUUUCUACCCUUCAAUUUCAUCUCCUCUCAGAACUAGCUUCGCUCACUCUCUCUCCUCCUCUUCCCCACGACAAAAGGAGCAAUCAAGAAGCUUUCAUUCUACUAUAAUGGCGGCAACUAGCAGCACUGUGCCUUGCAUUGUUGUUUAUGUCACUGUUCCUAACAAGGAAGCAGGAAAAAAGCUGGCAGAAAGCAUAGUAAAAGCGAGACUUGCAGCAUGUGUAAAUCGUGUACCAGGUAUUGAGUCUGUUUAUGAGUGGAAAGGAGAGAUACAGACUGAUUCAGAGGAGCUACUUAUAAUUAAAACCAGGGAAUCCCUCUUAGAUGCUCUGACUGAACACGUUAAGGCGAACCAUGAGUAUGAGGUACCGGAAGUGAUUGCUAUGCCUAUCAUUGGCGGAAAUGCCCCUUAUCUUGAGUGGCUCAAGAACAGCACUAGGGACUGAAUCUCUGCCAUAGAGCUGAAACAUUAACUACGUAACUUGAUGAUGGAUCGUUCAUUGUCAAUAGAAACAAUCCUGGUUUGGUUUAAUGUUAUCUCAUGAUCAUUUACUUACACUGUCGAUAGAAUCUUAGAUAGUCUUAAAGAAUGGCCACCAUCAAAGAGGCUCCUUGUUUAAUAAUUUGAUGCAUAAUUGCGUUUAGUAGUAUGCAAAUGAAAAUUAUAGCACGAGUAUGUGGAUUGAAAAGAAAGUUUUUAUGUACAACUUUGUGACAGAUUUGUAUCGAUAAAAGAUGUCAUAUUCUCUCUCAA